AUGGUUCUCCAUUAUCUCGAAUUCAUCCUUGGUCGGCUGCUGUACCCGAUCCGUGGCCAUGAUUCGGGUCAGAUUAUUCAUUGCCUGGCCUUCAAAGACCUUCCUGAGCCAAACAUGACCCUCGAAGCACCCGACACUGGUCCACCAGGCUCCAAGCUACAUCUUCACUGUACCUGUAAAGCUGAUGAUGGCAAGGGCUGCCUUCCAGAGCUACAGUGGACCUCUCCAAACUGUCGUGAGGAAGUCAAGGAGUACGUACUCCUAUGUGAAGACCUCGAUCCACCCGUCCCAUUCCUUGUCGUCCACCACGGUCUCCUAUGGGCAAUUCCUGCAACGACCACCAAGGCUAAAGCGGCUGACGUCAAGCCAGAUGAGCACGCCAAGAUCUCCCGCCUGACCGUUGCUGGUUGGCGCUUUGUGCCCAAUAUACUUGGAUUGCCGUAUGUCGGUGCUGGUGCACCCCUCGGUCACGGAAAGCAUCGCUAUGUCUUCACUGUGAUUGCUCUCAAAGAGUCUCUGAAGUUCAACGCUCCCGAGAAGGCCAGUAAGAAGGAUAUCAAGCGCGCUAUGGUUGGCAAGGUCAUCGGCUGGGCGCAGUGGACUGGCAUUUUUGAAAAGCCCUGGCCCAACUAG